AAAGGAAGAGGGAGGUCAGAGGUCAUGUACUGCAGGUUGUUUGAAUUUGACUUUGUGGUGAGAUUGGGGUGGUGGAGUGCAGAUUAAUUGUUGUUUUUAUUCUUUCUAAGUUUACUUUUGAAGCAGAGGAGUGCGAGUAAGGCGUUUAGCGUCGUGUUAGUGUGUGUUAGUGUGUAAUAAACACCGAGUUGGACAGCAUGCAUGUGUUCAGAAAGCUGAUGUGUGGUGUGUGUCUCAGGCUGAAUACACAUGCAGGAGGUGUGAAAACAUUCAGCUCUUCUCCCAGCCUUCAGUCUGUAAUGCAGGCCUGGGUUAUUGAUCAAUACGGAGACAACAGUGUGUUCAGAUUCACCAAAAACGCAGCUUUUCCCAUUCUGCACUAUCCAAACGAGGUGAUCAUCAGAGUGCAUGCAGCUGGACUCAAUCCCCUGGAUGUCAACAUGAGAGGAGGUUACGGUGCUGCCACUCUGGCCAUGAAGCGCGACCCUCUGAACAUUAACAAGUCGGGCAGCGAGUUUCCUCUGAUCCUGGGCCGUGACGUCUCAGGCGUGAUCAUGGAGUGCGGCCUGGACGUGGGUUACUUCAAACCGGGAGACGAGGUUUGGGCUGCGAUUCCUCCGUGGAAGCAGGGCAGCUUGGCUGAGUUCGUCGUGCUCAGCGCUAACGAGGUGUCUCACAAGCCCAAAUCGUUGAGUCACACAGAAGCAGUGUCUAUCCCGUACGUUGCAGCUACGGCCUGGUCGGCUCUCGUCAACACGGGCGGCCUGAACAAAGACAACUGCUCUAAAAAACGAAUCCUCAUCCUCGGUGGGUCAGGUGGAGUCGGAACGUUUGCCAUACAGUUGCUGAAGUCGUGGGGCGGUCACGUGACGGUGACGUGCUCCCAGAAUGCCGAGCGGCUGGUGAGGAGUUUAGGAGCUGAUGAUGUGGUGGAUUACACCAGCGGGCCGGUGGAGAGGAAACUGCAAACUCUGGAAAAGUUUGAUCUGGUUUUGGAUAACGUCGGUGGAGAGACGGAGAAAUGGGCGCUGGCGCUCCUCAAGCCCUGGUCCGGCGCUAAGUACGUUACCUUGGUAACGCCGUUCCUGCACAACACCGACCAGCUCGGCCUCGCCGAUGGCAUGAUGCAGACCGCCGUCACCAUAGCAACCAAAGCACUGAAGCACCUGACUAAAGGCGCACACUAUCGCUGGGGGUUCUUCGCUCCGAGCGGCCCUGCGCUGGACGACGUGAGCGAAAUCGUGGACGCAGGAAAGAUCCGUCCGGUGGUGGAGCAGACGUUCUCCUUCUCUCAGGUCCCUCAGGCCAUGCAGAAAGUGGAACAGGGCCACGCCCGUGGCAAAACCGUAGUAACCGUCGCCAAGGAGCAGGACGAGUGACCAUAGUAACAAGCAAGGAAAUGAGGUUUGCUCACUGAGGAUGGAUCUGUCUCCAUGGAAACGGAGACCAGUGAUCAGGAUUAAACUUGACGCUGAAUGACUCUGAAUGACACACACACACACACACACCCCAAAAAAAAAACAACAACUCUGCACCUAGGUGGGGUCUGGUGUACACAAUCGGACUGAUCUGAUCUCACAAUCUCAAGCGCAUCAACACAAUUACCUAAAGCUCGUGAACGCAACGAGUCAUAAAUCCACCAUAAAGAUUCCUCAGCUACCCUGCACUCAUGCUAGCAAGUGACAUCACUGACAGUGGGCGUGGCCUGACAUCGUAGUAGUAAGUACAUAUACGCUUUACUGUAUCGUUUGAGCAUGUCGCUGUUACUCGUCACUUUUGCUUACAAUUUUAUAAUCAUGAUUAAACAAUGGGAAAGGAGAAAAUCACAAUUAUAUUUUUUUUCUUCAUUUUGUGCCGUAAACUCUGUUGAUUGAGAAUCAAAAAUCUGAGAAUCAGGAACGACGCCAGAAACCCGUCCUAAACAUUUACCAAAAUUCCCGUUAAUCAGAUUCAUUUUUUUUUUCUGCCAAAAACCUUAAUUUUAGUGUAACAUGUUGAAAGAAACGUUUGCUGGUGUGAACGCAGGAUAAAUACACACCUUCUUUUCAGAGCGCUCUGACAAACCUGAGCUUUCUAAGUGUGAAACCAUAUCCAUGUCUAAAUGCGUCUAUAGGUAUUACAUAUGCAUUUCAUUUUGCCCGGGUUUUUGUAACAAAGUGCCAACAAAACAAGUCACGUUAUUUAAAAAAACACAGAUUAUUUAUAAAUAUUAAACAUUUGGGAAUAAAACUAUCGUACAGAAGUACAGUCGGAGUUACAGUCGUCCUGAUGAUGCCUGCAGUUCUCUCAGGAAACACGUAUUCUGAUGUAGUUUAUUUAUGUAUCGAAAUCACGUAAGAAAUAUUGAGCUGUCGUAGGAAGAUAGAGUGAAUCAGAGUUAUUACCACCAUCUGAAACGGCCACAAAGCGUGAAGGUACGUAUGUUUGUAACACUAACUAUGUUUACAUGAUGCCUAAUCAUUAAAAAAUGAAUAAUCUGAUUGAGAUCUCCGUUCAUGUAUACACCGCUUAAAAUGAAAAAUUAAAAUAAUUAUGAGGGUCUAUGGCUGCGUGAUGGACAUGAAACUAAGAUUCAGUGAGGAUGCAGAACAUUCACUCACCUUAAAGGUUAAAAAUAUGAACUAAAAUCAGCACCAGUUGAUGAGUAAGGAUGAUUGUAUAGUAUAUGGUGAUGGAUAAUUAUAAUAAUAUUUUCGACGGUCAGAGCAUUCCUGAAUCUCAGGCAAAUAUGAAACGCUGAGUGACUUUACUGCAUUCGGUCUCGCUGUACGUUUAAUAAUCACGCUGAUGACGUUUCCCUGAAACUUCUCAUUACGGUAACGUUAGCAUUAAUGCGGCAUUCGACUAAACUCGUACUUUCUGAACUCCGACUAGAAAAAAACUAAGAAAAUGCCUCCUCAACUCAGCAUGGUCUCCUCAACCCCAAGUUCAGCAAGUGACGUUAAAUCAACAUGGCUGCUCGCAGCAUCAGCAGUAAUCACAGCAGCAGCAUUUCUUCCUUUUAACAGAGUUGUACUGUAUAUAAACGUAUUAGCUUUAGCUCAAUCAGCACACAGACACAUUCACCUGUUACAGAUUUAACACUGACACGGUUCACGGCUCUGAGGAGAAAAAUAUACAUCUGUUAGCUGGCUAGCUUGUUGCUAAUAAAAGAUGAACAUGGAGGCGUCCAUAUUUCUCACCCCAUUUUGUAGCUCAAACGAAAGAAGGUUGAAAAUGGCGUAAUCCCAAGUUUCCGCUUCUGAGGCGAGUCGAACGCAGCGUUAAUCUCGCUCCACAUACGUAACAUGCAAAUAAACUGCUUCAUUUACUCGUGUAUAUUUAUAAUCGCGCUAUCCGGGGUCACCCAGGUGAGGAUGCGUCCCUUUUGAGUCAUGAGGUUUCUACCUCAUGUCGUCUCAGGGAGUUUUUCCUCACCACCGUCGCCUCUGGCUUGCUCAUUAGGGAUAAAUUUAUAAAUAUAAAAUUUAUAUCCUGAAUUUAUAUAUUUCUGUAAAGCUGCUUUGUCCAUUACAAAAAAAAAAAAAAAGCUAUACAAAUAAAACAA